UUCCCAGAGCAGUUGGUACUAGCGAUUGCAGGCGUAGAACCGGUUACCUGUCGCGGGCCUUGACGGCUGCGGUCGUCCUCUCGGGGAUGUUCUUCUACCUGAGCAAGAAAAUUGCGAUUCCCAAUAACGUGAAACUGAAAUGUAUAUCCUGGAACAAGGACCAAGGAUUCAUAGCAUGUGGUGGUGAAGAUGGAUUACUGAAAGUUUUGAAAUUAGAAACACAGACAGAUGAUGCAAAAUUGAGGAUUCUUUCUAUGAAUCAGACUCUUGAAGGUCAUAGUGGUUCUGUUCAACUUGCAACAUGGAAUGAACAGUAUCAGAAGUUGACUACCAGUGAUCAAAAUGGGCUUAUCAUUGUCUGGAUGUUAUAUAAAGGCUCUUGGUAUGAGGAGAUGAUCAACAAUCGAAAUAAAUCAGUGAUUCGAAGUAUGAGCUGGAAUGCUGAUGGACAGAAGAUCUGCAUCGUAUAUGAAGAUGGGGCUGUGAUAGUUGGUUCAGUGGAAGGGAAUCGUAUUUGGGGAAAAGACCUGAAGGGUUUACAGCUAUGCCACGUAGCAUGGUCCGCAGAUAGUAAAGUCUUACUUUUUGGAAUGACAAAUGGGGAAAUACACAUUUAUAAUAAUCAAGGGAAUUUUAUAAUGAAAAUGAAGCUGAAUUGUUUGGUGAAUGUCACUGGAGCAAUCAGUAUUGCUGGAAUUCACUGGUACCAUGGCACAGAAGGCUACGUGGAGCCUGACUGUCCUUGCCUUGCUAUUUGUUUUGACAAUGGGAGAUGCCAAAUAAUGAGACACGAGAAUGACCAAAAUCCGGUUUUGAUUGAUACUGGCAUAUGUGUGGUAAGUGUUCAGUGGAACCACAUCGGCAGUGUAUUAGCUGUGGCAGGCUCCCAGAAGGCAGUCACUCAGGAUAAAGACAUCAACAUCGUGCAGUUUUACACUCCAUUUGGUGAGCAUCUGGGUUCUUUGAAAGUUCCUGGGAAGCAUAUGUCUGCACUGUCCUGGGAAGGAGGUGGACUGAAAAUUGCUCUAGCUGUUGAUUCCUUUAUAUAUUUUGCAAAUAUUCGACCUGAUUAUAAGUGGGGUUAUUGCUUAAAUACUGUAGUUUAUGCAUAUACCAGACCUAAUCGUCCAGAGUACUGUGUUGUCUUUUGGGAUACAAAAAACAAUGAGAAAUAUGUUAAAUAUGUGAAGAGUCUCAUUUCUAUUACUACCUGUGGUGAUUUCUGCAUUUUGGCUACGAAAGCUGAUGAAGAUCAUCCUCAGUUCGUGCUGGUUCUUUGUAAUUCUAUUGGCACACCCUUGGAUCCCAAAUACAUUGAUAUUGUACCGUUAUUUGUUGCAAUGACCAAAACCCAUGUGAUAGCAGCUUCAAAAGAAGCAUUUUAUACCUGGCAAUAUCGUGUGGCAAAGAAGCUCACAGCAUUGGAAAUUAAUCAGGUCACGCGGUCUCGAAAAGAAGGGAGAGAAAGGAUUUAUCACGUUGACGAUACUCCUUCUGGAUCAGGGGAUGGUAUACUGGAUUACAGUAAAGCCAUUCAAGGCACAAGGGAUCCAAUUUGUGCCAUAACUGCAUCUGAUAAGACAUUAAUUGUGGGUCGUGAAUCUGGCACCUUUCAGAGAUACAGCCUUCCUAAUGUUGGUUUGAUUCAAAAAUAUUCCCUUAAUUGUCGAGCCUAUCAGUUGUCCUUGAACUGCAACUCUAGUCGUCUUGCCAUCAUAGACAUCUCAGGAAUUCUGACUUUCUUUGACUUGGAGGCUCGGGUCACAGACAGUACAGGACAGCAAGUAAUUGGCGAGUUGUUAAAAUUGGAGCGAAAAGAUGUCUGGGAUAUGAAGUGGGCCAAGGCUAAUCCUGAUUUGUUUGCAAUGAUGGAGAAGACAAGAAUGUAUGUUUUCAGAAAUUUGGAUCCUGAGGAACCCAUUCAGACCUCUGGAUAUAUUUGUAACUUUGAGGACUUAGAAAUUAAAUCUGUUCUUCUGGAUGAGAUAUUAAAGAACCCAGAACAUCCAAACAAGGAUUAUAUAAUUAACUUUGAGAUUCGGUCCCUUCGAGAUAGUCGUGCAUUGAUUGAGAAGGUCGGAAUUGAAGAUGCGUCUCAAUUCAUAGAGGACAAUCCACACCCCCGACUUUGGCGCCUACUGGCUGAAGCAGCUCUUCAGAAACUGGACUUACACACUGCAGAGCAAGCAUUUGUGCGCUGCAAAGAUUACCAAGGCAUUAAGUUUGUGAAGCGCCUGGGCAAUCUGCAGAGUGAGUCAAUGAAGCAGGCUGAAGUUGUCGCCUACUUUGGCAGGUUUGAAGAGGCUGAAAGAAUGUAUCUUGAUAUGGACAGAAGAGAUCUUGCUAUUGGCCUCCGGCUGAAAUUGGGGGAUUGGUUUAGAGUACUCCAACUCUUGAAAACUGGAUCUGGUGAUGCAGAUGACAGUCUCCUUGAACAAGCCCACAAUGCCAUUGGAGACUACUUUGCUGAUCGACAAAAGUGGUUGAAUGCUGUACAAUAUUAUGUACAAGGCCGGAACCAGGAACGCUUAGCUGAAUGUUACUAUAUGUUAGAAGAUUAUGAAGGAUUAGAGAAUCUUGCCAAUUCACUUCCAGAAAACCACAAGUUGCUUCCAGAAAUAGCGCAAAUGUUUGUGAGAGUUGGAAUGUGUGAACAAGCAGUGGCUGCAUUUUUGAAAUGUAAUCAACCAAAGGCAGCGGUAGAUACUUGUGUACAUCUCAACCAAUGGAACAAAGCUGUUGAAUUGGCUAAAAAUCAUAGUAUGAAAGAAAUUGGAUCUCUGUUAGCUAGAUAUGCAUCUCAUUUACUGGAAAAGAAUAAAACUCUUGAUGCCAUAGAACUGUAUCGGAAAGCCAAUUACUUUUUCGAUGCUGCUAAACUGAUGUUUAAGAUUGCAGAUGAAGAGGCAAAGAAAAGAACUAAACCUCUGCGUGUUAAGAAGCUCUAUGUUCUGUCAGCUUUACUUAUAGAGCAACAUCAUGAACAAAUGAAAAAUGCUCAACGAGGAAAAGUUAAAGGAAAGAGUUCAGAGGCCACUUCUGCGUUGGCUGGUUUGCUGGAAGAGGACGUUCUGUCUACAACGAGUCGUUUCACAGAUAAUGCUUGGAGAGGGGCUGAGGCUUACCACUUCUUUAUACUUGCACAGAGGCAGCUCUAUGAGGGAUAUGUUGACACUGCAUUGAAGACAGCUCUUCACCUGCGAGACUAUGAAGACAUUAUCCCUGCUGUUGAGAUCUACUCUCUGUUAGCACUCUGUGCAUGUGCCAGCAGAGCUUUCGGGACUUGCUCAAAAGCUUUUAUUAAACUCGAAUCUUUAGACACCCUCAGUUCAGAACAGAAACAGCAAUAUGAAGAUCUUGCUCUAGAAAUCUUCACCAAACAUACUCCAAAAGAUAACAGAAAAUCUGAAUUGGACAGCCUUCUUGAAGGUGGAGAAGGGAAACUGCCAACAUGUGUUGCCACAGGAAGCCCGAUCACUGAAUAUCAAUUUUGGAUGUGCAAUGUCUGCAAGCAUUGUGUUCUUGGUCAGGAAAUAACUAACUACAACUUCUGUCCCUUAUGCCAUAGUCCAGUGGGAUAAGGGAAUGAUGAACUAUAUAUAAUUGUAAAAUAUGUGUAGCAUAUGUUCAUAGCUAUAACUGUAUAUGUAAUAUGGUUGAUUU